AUGUUCCUGCGCGACAAAGAGCUUGCCCGUGGAGGCAAAAGAAGCGGCCAAAGCGAUCGCAAACGCGUGCUGCAUCUGGCGAGAGAGCGGAGGAAGGCAAGGAUACAAAGACAGGAGCUGGAGAUAGCAGCGCAGCACAUACAUAGGUUUGUCCGCGGACGACUCGCUGCUCGCCGCUUGCGGACUCAGAUGCGCGUCGAAUACGAUCAGAAAUUGAGCGAUAUUGAUCAGUUGAAGGUCAUUUUGCAGCUGCAUGACAUGGCGCUGCCUUAUGGAUCACUUUUUGAACUGCUUCGUUUAGUGGUGUUUUUCUAUACGGGAAGCUCUGAAGACGCCGAGAGGCUGCUGAGACUUAGUGCGCUAUUUUCCGACUCGUUUUCUGCUUCUUCUGAUGGGGUCAACGAUGCAGGAGAGGUGCAGAGAGACUGGCUUUUGAGACGACUCAUCGAUUUGUGUCUGCAGUGUGACUCGGUGUUGUCCACUGACGUAAAAGUCUCAGUGGGAUUCAAGACUGUGCGGUAUUUAGUAGAGGCGGUACCAGAGAUGCAGCGAUACUUGCUGUGUGGCCAAUUGCUCGUGAUUCACCCGAUGGAACGAGCUCGAAAGAUGCUGUACAGUGAAUUGGAUAGCGCUCCAGUGAUGCAGAUUGUGCGACAGGGGUUGAUUCGCGCACGAAACUAUCUCCCUAUCACAUAUCGUAUACAGGAGUCUCGAUAUUGCAACGUUCUGGUAGAUUUUGCGGAGCAUCUUCUCAAGACAACUAGCGGGAUUCUUGAGCAGUUUGUAAUGGAAGUCUUUUCAGUGCCAAUUUUGAACCAGUUGGUUGGCGUCGACCGGCUGCUCAAAGUUGCAAACGUGUCGUUAUGGGACAGACUUCUCAGUGCAGGACUUCACAUGUCAGUGUUUGACUUUCCUGCUUCACCUGUUGCUGGGAUUACGUCUGAGGCAUGGUUUCUGGGCAAUGUCCUAUGGAUUUCUGACCGGGUGGAGAAUAAAACGGACCACAUUGUGCUAAAGGAAGUCCAGCUCCUCUCGAAAUUGCUUCAAUCCGUACCACCCGCAACAUAUGCUGCAUCAGGAGUAGCUGUAACCUGGACGAAGAUUUUGGUAAACGAUCAGUACUUGCGAUCAAUGUGCAACCAUCUCCUUCCGUUUUGUCCGAGUGCUCUUCGCUUUCCAUUGGCAACUCAAAGGCCAAUACCGAUGUAUCCUGAGGCGCCUACGAGUGCGGAACAAUUUGGUUUCGGCGACAUUGCGUCAACAUCAUCAUUGUCCGUUUCGCUGUCAGUGACAUGGGAAAAGAUGAAGUCGAUUGGGAAGGCCACUUGGGCUCGAAGUAUACUCGAAAAGGCUGGGCUACGACGAAGGCGGGGAAGUAACGAAGACUUUGUAGGUGGAGCAUCAGAUCUCCGGAACACCACUAAGGAGGCAUGCCAAAUGGCUGCAAAGGGUGUGGUUUGUCCGACUGAGGCCACGGACAUCCAGCGGGCUGGAAGUUUGAAGCUAGCUGAAUGCUCUCAGUCGUUUUUUCCGGAAAAUGUGAAGGCCUUAUCGUAUCUUUGUGGCACAUUCCUAUUCCGAUGGGGAAACAAUGGCUGGAGGCAGCGAUCUUACUCGAUGCGUCUACUCAACACACUGGCUUUCUAUCAUGUCGAGGUUGCUGAAAGUGGUGCGAGUGUUCAGAACGUAUCCUUUGUACGUAUGCUGUGGUGUGUGUUGCAAGACACCGAAAGGUUUGAGGACUUCAUCAAGAAUAUGGAUUUGUUGCAUGCUCGAAGUUCAGAUUCGUAUUUGUGUAUGUUGGCGCUAUUUUUCAUGUGCUACGAACAUCUUCUGGUUGUCGUGGAUGAUGAAGAGAUGUACGAGCAAGAAUAUCCGCUUCCCCUCUGCCAGAUUGAGCGUAUUGUUUUAAGCCUAAAACAUGCGCUUUAUGAGGCAUAUUGGACGUAUGGUGAUCUAACUCCGUCUUCGGAAUCAGUCACAUUCGGUAUGUUUGUCGUUGAGGCGGGUACCCAUUUAAUGAGAGUGCUGUACAGUCGAUGCUCUCGUCGGCCUUUUUGCAACGUCUCGAGCUGGAUUAUUGCGGAUCUCGAUAGUCAUCAGCUCAUAGAAGAAGUUUUGCAAGGCACGCCUCGAGCCAACAAGCUGAUCCAGUCGAUGCCGUACAUUGUGCCGUUUCCUGACCGAGUUAAGCUCUUUCAGCGCUUAGUCAAGGCUGACAAAGAGAUCCACCAAAAUCAAGGUUGCUCAGUGUACCGCAUCCGCAUCCGUCGUGAUGCUGUCCUGGAAGACGGUUUGAGGAAACUAAAUACGAUCUGCACAAGCCUGAAAAAGCGAAUUAAUGUGGUUUUCGUGAACUCAGCCGGUCGCGAAGAAGUCGGCAUCGAUGCUGGAGGACUGUUCAAAGAGUUUUGGGAAGACCUGGCAACUCUAGCAUUUGAUCUGCAAUACGGGCUUUUCUUGACGACCCACGAUGAGCUGUUGUAUCCCAACCCCAACUCCGCCUCAAGUCAUUUCACGCGCGAAAGCGAUCACCUGACGCUAUUCCAGUUCGUUGGUCGGAUACUUGGAAAGGCUUUGUAUGAAGGCAUUGUGGUGCAGCCAAAGUUCGCGCACUUUUUUCUUUCCAAGCUGCUGCAUUCAUUCAAUCAGCUGAACGAAUUGCCAUCCCUGGACCCUGAAAUUUAUAAGAAUCUGAUGUUUCUGAAGUCGUACGAUGGUAAUAUCGAGGAUCUUGGCCUGACACACACUGUCGUUCAAGAUGCAUUUGGGGAGCAAAAGGAGAUUGAGAUCAUUCCAGGAGGAGGCAACGUGGCCGUUACGAACCGAAACAAGACGCGCUACAUCCACUUGGUUGCGAACUACUACCUCAACACCCAAACGCGCGAACAGUGCUCAGCGUUUCGCUCGGGUCUAUCCGACCUCAUCAACCCGCGCUGGCUCCAGAUGUUCAACGAGCCCGAGCUCCAGGUGCUGAUCUCGGGCAAGAGCGGCAAGCUCGACGUCGAGGAUCUCCGGGUCAACACCCGGUAUGCUGGCGGCUACUAUGCUCUCGAUAAACGGGUGACGUGGCUGUGGCAAGCAGUCGCAAGCUUCACACCUUCCGAGCAAGCGGCUUUCUUGCGCUUCACAACGAGUUGCCAGCGCGCGCCGUCGCUUGGGUUCGCCUCGCUCACGCCUCAAUUUUGCGUGCAGAAGGUCCCGAUUCGACGCGAUGACGAGUUGCUGCCGAGCUCGUCGACUUGUUUCAACGUAUUGAAAUUGCCCACCUACUCGUCGUACAAGGUGCUUCGCGCGAAGCUGCUCACCUCCGUGUCAUCGAACGCCGGGUUUGAAAUGACGUGA